GGAAAUUCGACUGCUCACUGAUUCUUGCUCGUCCACCCUGCUAUGGCUUCCUAUUCAACCGGUAGCGAGGCAUAUUCUCGCGAGAAGGCGCCUAACGAUGCUGCAGGCGCGACCUCGCACAACAGCUGGGCGAACAAAUACCGCGGGGCGACUAUCGAAGACUUAGACCCCCCACCAGCGCUUUCUGUAUCUCCAAACCACACCAUUUCCUCGGCUCUCCUAGCAGCCUAUGAGCGCGACUACACCCAUCUGACCGUCAUUUCAUCGACAAGUCGAUUACUCACCGGGUACCUUAGCAUCCCGCGACUGAAAGCGCUGCUGAAAGAAGGCAAAGUCACAGAGUCAGACCCUGUCUCGGCCGCCAUGAACCGCUUCAACCGCAAAAAGGGUACAUACCAAGUCAUUACGAUGGAGACGCCUCUGGAGGAGCUGGAACAAUUUUUCGAGAGUGAGACUGGCCCUAACGGGGAAAAGCGGGAGAAGCAAGACUUUGCCGUGGUGACGGACGCCGCUAGAAAAUUCGUACUGGGUGUUGCGACCAAGGCUGAUUUGGAAGAAUUCGUGAAAAGAAGACCGGCAUGA